CCGCAUAUACUCUGCUGUCAUAGCAGUCGUUAUUUCUUUGUAUAAACAUACGAUAAAGAAACAGAUUAAUAGUAAUAUAAGAUGUUAUAUUUGAUUCAAUAAAUAAAGUUGUAACCAGGAAAAAUGGAUAAAAAGGAUGAUGAGAAAAAGGAGGAGGAUCCGCGAUUGGAAUAUAUGUUUAAUUAUUUGACGUAUUCGAGAAAAUUAAAAGCCGACAGAUGGACGAAAAUGUUAUCCAAUGCGGAUUUCAAGGAUUUAAUCACGAAGUUCUUUGGAAUUGCAUCGGAGAUGGUCCUCGUGUUGCAACUGACACCCGCCGGUGUCUUAGUACCCUAUCUCGAAAUAACGCAAUCUAAGAGAAAGCAGACGUACUUCUUGAAGAGGAAGCCUCAAAAGGUCACUGAGGAUAACUACAAAGAUUUGUUGAUACCAGGUGACAUGGCACCGAAUCCAAUCGAGGAACUGGCGGUGCUUGAAGAAGAUGCAUACGUACCCAUUUUAUCUAAUCCAAAAAAUCACGUUGGGUGGCCGGAAGUUGUUCGAAAAGAUGUUAAGAAACAAGUAUACGACCUUCGAAGUCUAAUAUGGCAGGUGAAAGGAAAAAUAACAGGACAAACUUUACUACCAAUGCCAAUGGGUAUCGAAGAAAUUCUUGAUCAGCAAUUCAAUUCUAAAUUAGAGUCUCCUAAAUUACUCCAAGUAAAGAACAACAUAGAGGAAAUUGUAAUAAAAUGGGCGACACAAAUUAAUGAGAUCCUCAACGUAGAGUUCUCAAAGUUUUCAACGAAUGAAAAGGAAAUUCCUGUGUCCGAGUUGGUCUAUUGGAACAUGAGACUAAAGAAUAUGGAAUCGCUUUAUUAUCAAUUAAAAGACCCAAAAGUACGACAGAUGGAUCUAUUUCUAGAAAAAAUGGAAAGUCCAUAUUCGGUGUAUUUCAAAAAUUUAGUAAAGAACGUGACUGCAUCAUUGUUGGAAACAAGGGAUAUAAAUCUUUACUUGAAACCUCUGGAAAUGUAUUUCAAUGAAAUUGAAAACGUUGAGUUCAGAGAUAUAAUAUGGAAAUUAAAGUUAUUGUUUCACUGUGUUUGCUUAAUGUGGUCGAACUCGAAAUAUUACUCUAUGGAAAGAAUUAUUGCUCUGUUACGGGAAAUUUCAAAUUUAUUAAUUUCUCAGGCAGUGAAACAUAUAAAUCCGUCAACUUUAUUCGAAGGAGAUAUUGAAGACAACAAAGCGAAGAUAGCGGAGGUAAUACCGACGCUCAAUAGUUAUCAAGAAUUGUUUCGAUCAUAUAAAGAAAAGGUAGAAACUUACUUUAAGUCGCAAGAACCUAUACUUUGGACGUUUCACGAGAAGCUAGUUUUCGAAAGGAUUCAUAUGUUUGAGAAGAGACUUAAAGAAAUCGAGUCAUUAUUUGAUACAGUACAAGAUUAUUUGAAACUAGAAAGAAUAGAAAUGUUUGGCUUAAAAGCGAAGUCACUACUUUCCAUGAUUAAUAAUAUUUACGAAGAGUUUAUUAAAUUGUACCAACAAUUUGGAGACGUGUCUUAUGAAGUUUUAAUGCCAGAAGAAAAACAAUUCACUGCAGAUUUAAAUGAAUUUUUCGCCUCGAUAGAGCAGUUUGAUCGACGAUUGGCAAGCAUUUUCGACCAAGCAUUUGCUGAAUGUUACAACUUAGAGUCGUUCUUUAAGUUCGUUUGGAUAAUGGGCGUAAUUGCCAACAGACCUAUAAUAAUGGCCCAAUUAUGGCACAAUUAUGAAGAAAUAAUUCAAAGAGUAGAUCAACACUUCAGUGACCUUAAGGUGUUAUUCGACAAGAAUUUUAAUUCCGGAAAAGACAACGAGCUUUCGACACUGAAUUCGUAUUUGCCUGUAGUGAGUGCAUCCCUGUGUUUUUUAAUGAAACUUCGUAAGAGAACUGUUCUCCCAAUUGAGUGCAUGAAAUUAAUUGACCAUCCCUUAAUUAAUGACAAAAUGGAAAACGUACUCAAAGACAAAUACGAAGAACUUGAGGCUAUUAUUGACGAAAAGGAAAAAGAAAUAUUUACCGCCUGGGCGGAGAAAUUGCCAGAAAUUUGGGAAACUCACUUAACGAAAACUCUUUUAAACGUUAGAGAGGAUCAACUGCUGGAAACGAAUUUCGACUUUGCUUUAAAAAUUGCCUUGAAAGAGAUUCGUUAUAUGAUAAUUGCGAAGAUUCCCGAUCUUCCUCAAGAAGCCAUAGAUUUUUAUAAUAGAUCACAAUUCUUCUUCAUCAGCACUUACAAUCUCAAUCUGAUAGUGAAUUGGUAUAACAGAAUACGAAAUGAAAGCGCUCCAGUAGAAUUUCAGUUAGUGGAAGACGAAGUUGAAAAUAUUGAUAACUUGAUAAAUUAUGGCCAAGAACAUUAUGAUUGGAAUUCGGAAGAGGUUCCAGAAUAUAUCGAUAAUUUGUUAAAAAUUACUUGGAAAUUACAUGCCAGAGUGUUUCGCGCGCAAGAGAACUUGAAUAAUAUUAUGGAUGAAAUGUAUACUUGGGCAAUGAUGCCAGUUAUUUACCGUAAAGAUGCGAGAGAUGAAAAUUUAUUGUCAGUCGCUGAUAAAGACGACAAAUUUGCGGAAAGAUUUGCGGAGAUCGAAGCAACAGCUGAAGAACUGGAACACGUAUUAAAAGAAAAUUAUAAACUGUUUUUCGACUUGCUCCCAGAUCAUGUCUACAACAAAGAAGAGCUCGAAUUAUUAGACGCCCACACUGAAGAAGAAGAAGAAAUAGAAACGGAAAAAGCAGAAGGAGGAAACGAUGCUGAAGCUGCAAAGCCGGAUGAGGAAAUAACUGAAGAAGCGGAAGUACCGGAAGAACAAGAGCAAGUAGAAGAAGAAGAAGAGGUUGAUGAAGAAACAUUAGCAAUGAGACGCGAGAAAUGGCAGCCUUAUCUACUCUAUGUUGACAACUUAAUUUCCAAAGGUCUUAUUCAGGCUGUCUCCACAAGUAUUUGUUACAUUCUCGACGAAACUGAUCCCGAAGGCGAAAUAUUUCCUUCGUUUGAGAUUCAGAUGUGUUUGGAGAACCCUAGUAUUGUUUUCCGACCGCCAGUGGAAUUAGAUGAUCCGGAAGGUUUCUAUGCUUUCUUCGAGUCACUUCUACUUGAAAUGAUGAAAAUGGGCACCCUCAUACCACGCGUCGAUCCUGAGUUGCAUGAAGGUCGAGAAAAUUACGCGCUCGAUGUUGCUGAAGAGGAAGGUAUCGUGUUUAUGUUGGAAGAAACUUGCAAUCGAGCAAAACUGGCCUUAAUAGAAGUGAAAGGACAUGUAUAUAUAUACGAAAUCUACUCGUGGCUGUGGACAGACGAUAAACAGGAAUAUUUAUCCUAUUUUUUGAGAUUUUCUCAAUACGUAAGUCCCGAGCAAAGGGAAAUGAUCGAACAUCAUCCAGAGUUUAUCCCAGAUAACCUGAAAGAGAAGAAACCAGAUUUAGCGGACUUCAAGCGGGAAAUAGAUUAUUUUAUGUCUCUGUACAACCAGUGCGAUCAAUUGCAAAAUGAGCAAAUCUUUUGUCGAUGGUUGAAACUUGACAUAAAACCUUUCAAGCAGACGCUCUUGAACAUAAUUUGCAAAUGGGCUAACGUGCUGAAGGAGUAUCUGGUCAAUCGAAUAACCACACAAUUGGAGAAUUUAGCAGAAUUUUUGAAAGCAGCAAUGGAAAAUUUCUCGCGUCCUAUACACGAAGAUGACUAUGACGCACUUCUAGAAACUAUAUACUAUUUAAAGGAAGUCAGGGAUCGUCAAUACGAGAUCGAAGACAUGUUUGAUCCAAUUAAGAAAACAAUAGAAUUGCUACAAGGCUACAACGUGUAUUUAGAUGAGAAAAUUUUUAAUUGGCUCGUAGAAUUGCCCGUUAAUUGGGAAACAUUGAAAAAGAUGGCUGCUCAAGUGAAACAUAUCGUCCAGCCUUUAAUGACUCGUCAAAUCGAUCUUUUGAAGAAAAGGCUAAGCUAUUAUGAUUUUAAACAACACCGUUUCCUGAACGAAUUCCAUGAACAAGAUGUUUUCAACCCAGAUUGUGAAAAUCAUUAUGAAAAACUAAACGAAAUACAUGAAGAGGUGUUAAAAUUCCUGAGCGAAGAAAAAGAUCUACGUGAUCAAAUUGUCAUUUUUGAACAGGAAUUGCCUGAAUUUAAAAUGACGAAACAGAUACAAAAGGAGAUGCAGUUUUUGAAAACUUUAUGGGAUUAUGUGAAUGUCAUUACAACUUCUUUGAACGAGUGGAAGAAAACCACGUGGAAGAAACUAGAUGUCGAAUGGAUGGAUCAAGAAUGCAAAAAAAUUCUCAGAGAAUUAAGACAACUGGACAAAGACGUGCGUCAUUGGGAAUUGUACACUAAUAUCGAAGCACAAGUAAGGAACAUGAUGGCAUCAUUGAGAGCGGUCUCAGAAUUGCAGAAUCCAGCAAUUAGAGACAGGCAUUGGAGAGAAUUAAUGGCUGAAACGAAGGUGGUAUUUAUCAUGACCGAUAAUACAACAUUGGAAGACUUGCUAAAGUUACAAUUGCACAAAUAUGAAGAAGAAGUUAAAAAUAUUGUCGCUAAAUCAGUGAAGGAAAUGGCAAUGGAGAAGGUGCUAAAAGAACUUAAGGACACUUGGAGUACGCUCGAAUUUGGGAAAGAGAUACACGAGCGUACGAAAUUAAAUAUUCUUAAAAUCGACGAGGAAACUAUUGAAAUCCUUGAGGACAAUCAGGUGCAACUGCAAAACAUGUUAGGUUCGAAAUUCGUUGGAUAUUUUCUCGGUGAAAUUCUUGACUGGCAGAAAAAACUAAGUACUGCGGAUGCAGUGAUUAAUGCAUGGUUCGAAGUUCAACGAGCUUGGGGUUAUCUCGAAAGCAUCUUCAUUGGCUCUGAAGACAUUAGGAGCCAACUUCCAGAAGAAACCAAGCGGUUUGAAAAAAUUGACAGGGAGUUCAAAGAACUGCUGAAGGAAAUGUUGAGCAAUUUGAAUAUCGUAAAAGCAACCAACCGGCCUAAACUUUUAGAGAAACUAGAAGAGCUGCAAGUGCAACUAAAUUUCUGCGAGAAAGCGUUAGCCGAUUACUUGGAAACAAAGAGAUUAAUUUACCCAAGGUUUUAUUUCAUCUCCGCAGCAGAUUUACUUGAUAUUUUAAGCAAUGGAAACAACCCUGAAUUGGUCUGCAGACAUUUGUCAAAGCUGUACGAUUCUAUUGCAAAAUUGCAUUGGAAAAUGGACGGUGGGAAAGCAACGAAGCAGGCGAGAGUUAUGAUUGCCAAAGACGGUGAGGAAAUGGCUAUUCAUGGGACUUGCGAUUGCAGUGGAAAGGUGGAAGUUUGGUUGAACAACGUAACAGAUGCGAUGAAGAGGUCGGUAAGGCAUCAUAUAUCUCAGGCAGUAGCUACAUACGACGAGAAACCACGUGAGCAAUGGAUUUUCGAUCAUCGAGCUCAACCCGCGCUAUGCGGAACUCAAAUCUGGUGGACUACGGAAGUAAACAUGGCCUUUAUGAGACUAGAGGAAGGUUUCGAGAAUGCGUUUAAAGAUUAUCAACGAAAGCAAAUUAAUCAGUUAAACGCGUUGAUAGUACUUCUCUGUGGAGAUUUGAGUGAAAGCGAUAGAAGGAAGAUCAUGACAAUCUGUACAAUCGACGUGCAUGCAAGGGACGUUGUAGCGAAAAUGAUCGCGAUGAAGGCAGAUCACUAUUCUAGUUUUCAGUGGCAAUCGCAACUCAGGCACAGAUGGGACGACAAAGUUGGUGAUUGUUUCGCUGAUAUCUGCGAUGCUUCCUUCAAAUACGAUUACGAAUAUUUGGGAAAUGUUCCACGGCUGGUGAUAACACCAUUAACCGAUCGAUGUUACAUCACUUUAACACAAUCUUUGCAUCUUAUAAUGGGUGGAGCACCAGCUGGCCCAGCUGGAACUGGCAAGACAGAAACCACGAAAGAUUUAGGGAGAGCGUUGGGCCAAAUGGUUUAUGUGUUUAACUGUUCCGAACAAAUGGAUUAUAAGUCCUGCGGAAACAUUUACAAAGGUCUUGCUCAAGUAGGAGCAUGGGGUUGUUUCGAUGAAUUCAACCGAAUUUCGGUGGAGGUACUUUCGGUGGUGGCUGUGCAAGUGAAAUCAGUUUUAGACGGAGUGAAAAGCCGCAAACCGAUAUUUUUGUUUUUCGGAGAAGAACUGAAUCUCGUUCCCACUGUUGGAAUGUUCAUCACUAUGAAUCCUGGCUAUGCGGGAAGGACGGAAUUGCCCGAAAAUUUGAAAACUUUAUUCAGACCUUGCGCCAUGGUAGUUCCAGAUUUUGACUUAAUUUGCGAAAUAAUGCUGGUAGCGGAAGGCUUCCAAGAAGCUAGAUUACUAGCAAGAAAAUUCAUAACGCUGUAUCAGCUUUGUCGAGAACUUUUGUCGAAGCAAGAUCACUAUGAUUGGGGUCUACGGGCGAUUAAGUCGGUUUUAGUGGUUGCAGGGAAAUUAAAGAGAGACGAUCCCGGGAGAGCUGAAGACCAGGUGCUAAUGAGAGCUCUCAGAGACUUCAAUAUACCGAAAAUCGUGACCGACGAUGUUCCAGUUUUUAUGGGACUUAUUGGUGAUUUGUUUCCCGCUCUGGAUGUUCCGCGAAAAAGGGAUUUAGAUUUUGAAUCAACGGUCCGACAAUCUACUCUGGAUCUCAAAUUACAACCAGAAGAUGGUUUUGUACUAAAAGUUGUACAGUUAGAGGAAUUGCUUCAUGUUCGUCAUUCAGUUUUCAUUGUUGGAUUUGCUGGAACCGGAAAAACGGAAGUGUGGAAAACACUUAAUCGAACGUACUUUAAUCAGCAAUUAAAGCCGUAUUAUAAUGACUUGAAUCCGAAAGCAGUGACUAAUGACGAACUAUUUGGAAUUAUCAAUCCUGCAACGCGGGAAUGGAAAGACGGGUUUGAUUCAUCUCACUAUUAA